AUGAUUACUAGUUCAAAAGAAGUGGAUUCUCCAACGAAAAAGGAAGAGGAUACAAAUGAUGGCAAGAUUUCUAAGGCUUCAUCUAGCUUAGCACCAUGGUUAAGGUUGAAGGAUCCAAGAAUUGUUCGAGUGUCACGUGCUUUUGGAGGAAAAGACAGGCAUAGCAAAGUUUGCACCAUUAGAGGCUUGAGAGAUAGGAGAGUUCGGCUUUCAGUGCCCACUGCUAUUCAAUUGUAUGAUCUACAAGAUAGACUUGGACUUAAUCAACCUAGCAAGGUGGUAGAUUGGCUGCUUAAUGCAGCUAAGCAUGAAAUUGAUGAACUCCCUCCACUCCCAAUGAGACCAGGGAACUUUUCCCUGAAUGAUCAAGCAAUGCUAGGUUCUUCUCAGGAAGUUGGCACCUCACAGUCUAGCAAAGAAGUGUUUAAGAUGAAUAACAGCGUCAAUUGGGAAAAUCCAAGUGCAUUUCCAAGACCGAAUUUCUGGAAUGCUGAUGCAAUUUUGAGGGCUAAGUCGAAAGAGGUUGUAAUAGAUCCAUUGAAUGAGAAAGAGAAAUGGACAAAAGGAGAUGAAGAGGGUAAGCAGGACAGCAAUAUUGAAGGGAAUAGUGCACAACUUUCAUCUAGCAGUUUCUUAAAUAGAGCUACUCAUUCUUCCCUACCAGGUUUGAUAAAUAGUGUCAUGCCAUAUGGUUCUUUCUUUCAUUUAGAACCUCCAAAUUUUCCAUUGUCUCAUAUGGGAAACUAUGGAUUUGCAACACAAACAGGAGAUAUAAACAAUCUAAAUGUUGUGCCAUUGCCAUCUGCCUUGUCUUUAUCAUCUGGCUCUCAAAUUUUAGUGUGUCCACCUGGGACGACGCAGUCAUAUUUCCCUUCACAUGCCAGAGCUUCCAUGGAGAUUGAUCCAAGGCAAAUCAACCACUUUCAAGUGUCGACCCCAAGUACUCAAAAUUUCUUACCAAAUUCCCUUACCCCAAAUUCAUACCCUAUAAACCAAUCCAUGAGACCUUCUCAAUACUUGAGUGUGACUCCUAGGUUUUUCCAUUCUCAAAGUAGCGAAAGUCCACCAGACAAGCACCCAGAAUUUCCUUGUAAAUGA